GUGAACGGUAACGUGGCUAUAUGCGUCUUUGCUGACUUUCGCUCGAUGAAGGCGGCCCAUCGCGAAGCAGAAUGCUAAUAGUAUUAGUGAAUAGCACAUAUACUGCAUUCGUCGUCGUAGUCGCACUCGCCGCUAUACUUCUGCGACACAAUCAAGCACCGCGAAGUACUAAUACCAAGUUUCGCGGUCCUUCAAGAAGGUAUUACUCCGCACCAGACGUGUCCUGCGUCCGUGUGAACGGUGUGAUAGAGAAGAAUCCUGGUGGUAUGCAGGUCGUACCAGGUUGUUCAAUUGGAUUUGCGCCUCUGCGGUAUUCUAAAUUCGCGACGCCCGCUACCUGGAUCAACCUCGCAACUCCGCAUGGGACAGAGAUCGAGCCACUUGACCCAAGCUUGAAGGUUUAUUCCAGCCCUCCGGACAAUCUCGCUGGGGAAUACAAUCGUGACCAUGUAUUUGAGGUACAACUGAUUGCGUCAUUCAUCGGUUCCCUUGGCGAAAGCACCGUCGCUCGACGACUUUGGAAACCCAUUCUGAACCAGGAAUUCUGCGAUUGGGUCGACGAGUACAUAUGUUCUUCAACCUUCAUUUGGAACUUGCUGCAAUGUCUUCCGAACGAUCGUUCUAAAGAUAACGCUUGGAUGCCUAUGUUGGAGAAAACUAUCGAUGGUAUGAAAUCGCGGGCGUUCAAUGGCAGCAAAAUUAUCACUAAAUCGAGGUUCAAGUCGUAUUCUGACACUGAGAAAGUAGCAAGUCUUCGUGCGGCUGCCAGUACAUGGGAAUACGCAAAGGACGACACCACGGAGAAAGCCUUCACACAACAGUCGACCUGCUUACGACGACAAUGGCAGUAUUGGUUAGCGUGGUAUGUUAAGCAACACCACGCUCCCAAGAGCGCAAAGCAGGUGGACGUGGGUAGAAUGCACUCUAAAUGGGUACAGCAUAUUCGGAGAUCGUUUGACGAUAACCUUCGGCGGGGAAUCGUUGAUAUGGUCUCUUGGUGGAAUGAGUCUAAUAAGGACGGUUCGAAAGAGGUUAUACUCAAUUUUCCUAGUCUCCUACCUGACCAGGGACGGAAGAUGUCGGUCGACGGGGAUGAUCUGUCUCGUGGAAUUCUCGCCUUCUUGAACAUUUGAAAAUCGCCGGGGUCGCUAACCCAUGGGCACAAAACCUGUAUCGGGUCUGAGGUACUCCAUGAGAUACUUCAUUUGAUAGUCUUAUAAUCAAAAAUGCCUCGUCUCGUGAAAGAAUAACUGCAUAUUAGCAGACCUAUAUUCUAUUAGUAUAAUCGUAUAUAACCUCGUUCGUGAUGCA